GGGAGGCGGCGGCGGUGGCCGCCGCGAGGGGGGUUUGCCCCGCCGGCUGGUGGGGCCGGCCGGCCAGUGGGUCGGUCGCGGGCGGCGGUGACGGACGAUGCUCCGUCUGGUGUCGCUGAAGUUGGGGCGCCUCUACCGCUACGUGAAGCUGGCGGUGCUGGGCGUGCUGGCGGCGGCGCUGGCCCUCAACUCGCCCUCGCUGCUGGCCUCGCUGCAGCGCAACGAGCUGGCCGAGCGGCGCUUCCUGCAGCUGAACAAGUGCCCGGCCUGCUGGGGCACCAGCUGGUGCCGCAAGUUCCUCAACGGGCAGCUGCGCCUGGAGAGCUGGGGCCGCCUGCGCCUGCUCGACUUCCUCAACGUCAAGAACGUCUACUUCGCGCGCUACGGGGAGCCCCGCGAGGGCAGCCGCCGCGUCGUCCUCAAGCGCCUGGGCUCCGCGCGCGAGCUGGCCGACAUCGACGCCAAGAUCUGCCGGCGCGCCACCGGCAGGGGACGCUGCGACUUGCUCCAGGCCCUGCACGCCACCGAGUUCGCCAGCAUCAACGGCGACGUGCGCCUCCUCACCCCCGACGUCGUGGAGGGCUGGUCGGACCUGGUGCACUGCCCCUCGCAGCGCCUCCUCGACCGCCUCGUCCGCCGCUACGCCGAGACCAAGGACUCGGGCAGCUUCCUGCUCCGCAACCUCAAGGACUCGGAGCGGAUGCAGCUCCUCAUCACGCUCGCCUUCAACCCGGAGCCCCUCGUGCUGCAGGUAAGAAGGCGACGCCGCCCCCGCCGCCUCCUCCUCUCCCCUCCCCAUCCUCGCUAGACCGCGUGGCCCCGCCGUAUAAGCGGGAUCGCACGGAGCGCUGUGCACUAGAUCGCCGGGACUGUGCCUGCUUAGGGUUCGCGUGCGAACCUCCUUUUUCUGGAUCAGGCCACGGUCGAUCUAGGGCAGCAUUGUGUCUGUCCCACGAUCUCUAGAGGUGGAGACCACUUCCUCCCUGUGCGCUGCCCCUAAAAAUAAAUGUGUGUCUGAAUCCUUUCUGAAGCACUUGCGCGGUUUAACAAAGUCCUAGAAGUACAUUUAGGAGACCGACACGUGUAUUGUGUCCCAAGGUUCAGCAGACUCGUUAAAAUGCCACAGGGGUCUUUGUUGGUUUUAAAGCUGCGGAUACUGUCUCCCAGUGAAGUCUCUUUCCUCACUGUAUGGUUUUAGAGCAUUAGCUGACAUGCAGCAAUGCUUGUAAGUGUGAAGUACUUACAAUAGAAUUAGUACGUUUAUUUAAAAAAAUUGCUUUCAGUUGGUGCUGUUUUCAAAUUUCCUCCGUGUAGUCUAAACAAAUAGAUACAACAUAGAUUUGCAUUCCUGUACAAUCAGCCAUACAAAAUCAGCUGAAGUUGGACAGUUGAGCUCUGUUGUGGAUUGGGCUGUGUAGUGUGUAGCUCCUUAAGCCCUUUUCCAGGACUGCCAGUAGCCAUGAGAAAAGAGGAAAGCAAACACCCGUGCACUAACAGCUGGGGUCCUCGGUUGUCUGCAAAAACUAGUCAGGACUUUCCCUGAAAACAUAUACAACCAAAGUAAAGCCCAAAGCUGCAGUGGAAUAAGUUUUAACGUUUCAGAAUAAGUCUCACUGAAAUUAGUGGGACUUAACUCAAAAACUAAUCAUGCAUAUGAUACGAGUUCAGUGUUGUCUUUUAAAAUUAAUUUUAGGAACUGAGCAUACACAACAGCUGCUUAUUGCCUUCUUCUGGUGCUAUUAGAGGAACAGUAAAAUUGUUACCUCUUUCCCCAUUGUAGGUUAACCUAUAUUUAAAAAUUCAACAAUAAAAGGGGUGCCUUUAUUCAUAAAGUACAUAGGGUGCUACAUUUUACAUUAUUCUGUUCUUCUGCUGAUUUAUUUGGUAACUUUUGUAUCAAUCUCUGUUUUUUACUUUGUCUCAUUGUGUAGGUGAUAGUGGCAAGCAAGUAUCUCUAUCUUGUUUCUUUAAUGUUUAAAAAGGUCUUCCACCUUUUGGUGAAUUUUCUUUCUAGUCAUCGUUUAGUCAUUGAAAUUGCUGUUUGUCAGAAUGAAGACUUGUUGGCACUGUAAUGAAAGUCAAUAACACUCACUGCUUUCAGUAAUUUUAACCUAGCAUUAAUGUUUGUUAGACCAUUAAUCGUAAAAAUCUGUUGAUCAUUUUCGACCAGUUUGAUUAUUUCAGAUUUGCUCUAGAUAUCUAUCAGAACAAUGUUAUGAGGUCAGUGCCACAUUAAAACGUUGAUUGGCUUGGUUAAGAAAAAGCAUGUUUUUAUUUAAUAGCCAACAGUAAGAGAAACUUGGACCUGGCAUUGUAGCCUAACAGUCUGGGACAUAUUAAUAUAUUUAUGCCAUCUCUACACCAGCUCACAUGUUAAUGGUAUAAUUUUUUCAUGAAGGUAUAUUUCAGCUGAACAGGUUAUCUUAAGCCCAAAUAUUGGUAUGAUGUUGCAUCAUAAAUACAGGUGCCUUCCUCAAGCACCUUCUAAGUGCCUUCCAUGAGCAAUGUAAUGUUUGCAUAAAAUAAGUAACCUUGAAUUACAACUGCUCUUAUCUUUGCUACAAAAUAAAUAAAUAGUUCCUAGCCCUGUAGGCAAAUAUCAAUGAAUAUGCUAAAGGAACAGUUGAGUUGCGUCCACAAACUAGAAUGGUUGUCAAAGAAGUAUCAAAUAGACUAUUGGAACAGCUGGUGCUCUCUUGAACUGUUUAGUGACUUGGUAUGUACCAGCUGGUGUAUGUCUUUAAAGUUUCUUAAAGGAGAGCUAUUAACUUGAAAUCUAGACAGUUUCCCCCCAAAGAUAACUGACAUGAAAGUUUUGUCUACUAUGGCUUCAGUUGCAGCUUUCUAUGAAAAGUGGGUUGUCUAUGCUUUUUCUCUGUUAGAAUUUCACAUGGCUUCUGUUAAACUGAUAAAGCAUAUUUGUAGGUGAAGAGAAUGUUUAAUAUAAAUAUAGUUUAAAGAGGAGUGGCAUGUCCUUCACUAAACAGAAUGGUAUAAAAAUGUGCUGCGCCACUUAGAAUAUAUUUUGCUGAGAAACUAAUGAAACACUGCAUAUAAAACAGAACAACAUAGAUCAUGCUACAGUUGGUGUGAAUAUAAUUAUUGGUUACAAAGUGCUUGAUGUACAAAGUGCUCUACAAUUUGUAAACAGCUCUGUAAGAUACCUAGACUAAGAUAUAAUCACUUCCUGAGUCUGAACUUUAUUUGGUGGAAAUUCACUGUGAGUCUCCCCUUUUGAAAAUGUAAUUCUCUUUCUGUAGCACAACUCUGGUUUGUAAGGAGGUUAAACAUGAAUUAGAAGAUGUACACAUAUUGGAUAUUAGGCAUCCAGCCCAUAAUUGAUUUAGUAAUAUCAUAUGUCAGUGACUAAAUUAUAUAAUUUAGUGAAAUCUCUCAGUUAGCUCAAGCUCUCCAAAGUCCAUGAGUAAAAGUUUCAUUUAAUAAUUGCUUGCUACUUUAAAAGGUGUAUGAGACCCAUGUUGGGCAAAAUGUUCCUGCAUUGCAGGGGGGUUGACUAGUUGACUCUCAUGGUUCAUUUCAACUCAACAAUUCCGUGAUUCUAAAAUUACAACUAAUGUGCAUUGGUCACUAGGUGCCAAUUAUAAUACUAGCAGUACAAUCCUAUGCAUGUAUAAGUCUCAUUGACUUCAGUGGAAUUGUUUCAGGUAAACAUGUAGGAUUGCAGCCCAAUAUACAUAAGUAAUAGCUCUUCCAUUAGCCCAUUUUGUGUGUGGAUUGUAAGAACAGGUUUUCUAUUCUGUCACCAAUUAUGUGCAAUAUCAGUUACGACAUUCAUUUAAUUAAUAUCCAAAUUAGGACUCAGCAGUUCUUGGAGCUCAUAGUGCUCUUCCAACCACCACUGCAAAAAAGUCUAGUUGCUUUCAAAUAUUUCCAGGGUUCACUUCUGAUCUGCUGAAAUCCUGCUAAAAUACAUAGUGUAGUUCAUUUAAAGACCCAUUGCUUGUCAGAUAAAUAUACUUUUAAUAGGUGUGUAAGUUGGCACUGUUUGCAUUACAAGAGCUAGCUAAUGGUAAAGACUUUCUGUUCAACAGAUACUUAUUAGUAUGUAUUGUUUAAAUAAUGUAACUGGCACUGAUAAAAAGCUAAGGUAAAAAUCUUGAUAACUCUGGAUUAAUAUAAGAGAAUGCUGAUGAUUAAGGAGCAAAUUGAAUGUGAUUCACAUGUUAGAUAUUGUGAUCAGACUAAAUGAUGCACGACUGGGUGCUAAAUAGAAGGCUGAUCUUUGAUUUUAUAAUGGGAAAUGUGUCUCGAAUAAUCCACUAAACUGUAGUGAUUCUUGGAUUAUAAGACUUUUUAUCAGAGAUUGGAAGCUUAGUUUGAAGCCUAUUUGGAGUAUGGAUUACUUGUAAAGUGGCAGUACUUAUGAAAUGCACAUUGCCACAACAGACAGCCUUUAUUUUAGCUAGUUUUGAGAUUAUUUAAGCUUGACCUACAUUUGAAGAGAUUGUCAAGGCCAGAGGAAAAGCUUUAUUACAGAAACAUCUUUCAGCAGCGUGUCUUAUCUGUAUCCCUAAGUGUUGAGAUAGAAGCUCAGUGCUCUAAUUUUACUAAUCUGUGUACCUAAAUACAUUUCAUAUUUAUAUUACUAAACAGUAUAUACUUCUGUAGGUGAAAACAGCCUACUACGGGGGGGGGGGGGGGACAUGACAGUUUAAAUGAGGAAUUUGCUGGGUAUUCCAAUCUAAAUGAUCAAUGACUCACAAGCAUCUGCAACAAGGAUCUGUAAUAAAUAUUCUGUGACCUAUCAUAGCUAGGAAUCCAAAACUGACAUAAAAACACAGUUCUGCUACUAUAUAGGAUUGUAAGUAUUUGCCUAAAAUUGUACAGGUUUUCUAUGAAAAAAAGUUUGUCCUUCAAUUUGCUGUAUUUUUUCCUUGUUCUUAGCAGUCAUUCUUCAUAUGAUCGUGGAAAAGUAAUUAUGAUUUCUUGUUUGAGAACCGUGAAUUUGGUUGUCUAGCAAGACAAUGCAGGUGUUUCGAAUGAGAUUUAAAUUUCCAAAAUAAAUUUAAAUAGCAUUACUGCUACAAGUGCCUUGGAGUACAUUUUAAAUUUUAAGUUCCUUUCCUUUGACCAAGUGUAUUGGCUUGUUAUUUUUAUUAUUUAUAAUACUCUUGUUCCUGAUUUUUCAUAUUUUAAAUAUGAGAUGUUUCUAGAUCUCACUAGAUAUGGGCUUGCAGUUUUUACACCUGAUUCUGCAAUCGUAGCUGUCUCUUUCAUAAUAGUGAGUAAUAAAUAACUAUGAUGCUGAUUUCAUCAGAUACCGGUGCUGUUGUAGAACUUAAUUUCAAGACUGUAACACUGCAAAGUGUGUUCUACAAGGAUGCUUGUUUUAAGGUCAGGUCAACUUUAGUAUUGAGCAAGUGUACAACUAGUUAAGCAGGGUGGAUUGAUUUGAAUCAGCAGUUUUAGAGCUUUGAGCCUGUGGGCCUAAUUAGGACCUGCCAGGUCUUUGAAUUUGGCCACAAAGGUCAUUUUGGGGAAGCCACACCCACCCAUCAAUCAUACAGUGUCAGGCAUAGAUAUCGGUUAUCUCUAACGGAAACAUUAAAUGCUAGGUUUGGAAAUAAGGGAAGACCAGCACUGAGAUUGGAGAUAAACUUUUGCCUGCUCCCAUUACAGUUGUGCCUUGGUUUUCGAACGUCUUGUGAGUUGAAUGUUUUUGCUCCUGAAUGCCGCAAACUCAGAAGUGAAUGUUCUGGUUUGUGAGUGUUUUUUGGAAGCCAAAUAUCUGAUGCGGCUUCCACAGCUUCUGAUUGAGUGCAGGAAGCUCCUGCAGCCAAUUGGAAGCCGCGCCUUGGUUUUUGAACAUUUUCGGAAGUCGAAUAGACUUCCGGAACGGAUUCUGUUCGAGAACCAAGGAAAGACUGUACUUUAACUGUGAAUCACGUGAUGUCAAAUGAUUGACAGCUAGGCAGCCCUGCUCUAUGAUUCUAUGGCUACAUCCAUUUCUGCAUCCCUGAUUUAAAUUAACAAAUCAAUCAAACAACUAAUACAACUUUUUUUAAAAUAAUCUUUGUUAUAUAGGUAUAUCCUAAACAGAAGCAUAUGCUAACAAAUUGAUAUAAAUGCAAUCAUAUAUUUUAUUUACUACCUAGGAAGUAAGCUAAAACUUUUGCUCGCUCAAUCUGAGCACUGAAGAAAGAAGCCAGAGAAGAGUGAAGCCCAGUCUCCUGAGCAGCAUACAACAGCACCCUGCUUGUUCAGGCAGUUGGCAUCACAUUGGAGUUAAGAGGUCAUGCAGAUGAUUUGCUGGAUGAUCCUUGUGAAAUGCAGUACGCUGCCUCUUAGACUUAGAGCUUCAAUUUGGUUACUACUCCCUACUGCUAGGAUGCCCAUAAUAAUGCAUUACUUGUGCCAUAUUUACGGAAGUUGAUGUCAACAGGCUGAUCUGAACAUGGCAUUAAUUUCUUUGAAUAUAAAAACAAUCUUAUCAGUCUAGUAAAAAAAUGUAGGCUAGUAACUUUUGUAAGCUAAUUUACAAGGCUGCCUAUACUAUGUGACACCCUUCCUCUCUGUUUUCAGAAUGCCUAUUUGCACCAGAAGUGUGUGAUUAUGCAGACCAUGGAAUUAACUGCUGCAAUUGCUUCUUGACGUCUUCCCCAUCUGUGCGUCCCAGCUAUACGCUUGCUUGUUUAGUUGGCAAACCCGUUUUUUAAACCUUACUUGCCUUCAGGAAUCCUUCAAACGCAACAGAUAAAAGCUAAAUGUCAUCAGAACUGUUAUUAAUGUGAGCCGUGAGCCAUGAGCUCUAUGCAGAUGCAGACUUCUUCCAAGAGAGUUUUCCAUUUAAGGUGGAAUGUAGUUUUCCUCUGCUCAACACAUGUUAAAGCCCCAUGCUUGUUAGUUGUUCUUGCCACCUGGCUGAACUGAGCAAAAAAGAUAAGGCCUCUGUGGCUUUCCGUGGCCAUGCAAAGAAUGACAAUGCUCAUUUUGCUGUACUACAAAAGUAUGUGGCUAUAUAAACUCGGCACUAAUUCAAAACCCAGGAAAUUCCUGGGUGGUUCACCCAGAGCUCCCAGAGCCAAACUGCCAAGCUGCUCUUUGGCAUCUCAAUUUGUUCCUGGGAUUUGUUGCACUUGCAAUUAAGGAGAUGUCCCUAGUGCUGAGUAUGCAUGAUAUUUGGCUUACUGCUGAUAUUUAAUACAAUAAACAGAAGAACAAUGUGAAACGUACAUGUGCUUGCUUGUGCUACUGAUGAGUAAUUUUAAAUAUGGUUGUUUCUGAGUUAACAGAGCAGCUGUAGUGUGCAUCUAAUUGUUUGGAUCUUUCGUCAAAUAUAGCAGGUAAUGCAAUGACAGUAUGCUUGUAUUAAUAUUAGUGUGCUAUGAUAAUGCCUGAAUAUGGUACAUUGUCUGUGAAUAAUACCAGUAUUUGGCAAGUGGCAAUCAACUGUGAUCAGCAUUGACUUAGCAAAUUGGAAGUCUGCAAUGGCUUGCUAAGUAGUACAGCGAAUCUACCACACUUCUACAUCUGAUCAAGUAAAGUAGAUGUUAGACCUGCCAGGUGGCUGAAUGCACAUAAUGGUAUGCUAACACCUGGUAUGUUUUAUAUUCACUUUAUGUUCUAGAACAAUUGUACAGCACUUUUGUACAGAACGCAGUUAGCUUUGUGUGAAUAAUUUGGAAUUAUAAUUUGAAAGCAGCUCUGAAGGGGAGUAGGGAGCACGCCAUCCAGGCAACUGCCGCCUAUUGAGCACACCUGAAUAAUAGAAGUACUUGGUUUCUUUGCUAGACCUCUGGGACAUACAAAAAAUGAGACACAGCACCAAGCAUCUGGGGACUUUUUGCAAACAUCUGAAGAACAGAGCUCUUGAUGUGAGAGGACAAUGGUGGGGAAGCCCUUUAAUAGGUUAAAGGUAAAGGGACCCCUGACCAUUAGGUCCAGUCGUGGCUGACUCUGGGGUUGCGGCGCUCAUCUCGCUUUAUUGGCCGAGGGAGCCGGCGUACAGCUUCCGGGUCAUGUGGCCAGCAUGACUAAGCCGCUUCUGGCGAACCAGAGCAGUGCACAGAAACGCCGUUUACCUUCCCGCUGAAGCGGUACCUAUUUAUCUACUUGCACUUUGACAUGCUUUCGAACUGCUAGGUUGGCAGGAGCAGAGACCGAGCAAUGGGAGCUCACCCCGUCGCAGGGAUUCGAACCACCGACCUUCUGAUCGGCAAGUCCUAGGCUCUGUGGUUUAACGCACAGCGCCACCCAGGGUUAACUAACUUACAUCCCUCCAGAUGUUGCAGAACUUCAACUCCAUCAUCCCUGAUCACCAACUGUUCUCAUGGAGUUUUGUUUUCAAGUAAACUAGUACAGAACCUCUGGGACAUAGUGGGGAAAAAACCUAUAGAGAUUGGAGAACAAGUGUGGGUGUUUGGUAUGUUCACCUAAUUGCUUUACUAAUACAGCAUUUUCAUGCAGGUCUCCUAGACAAAUUGAAGGACCAAAAGAAGAUGCAUCAUAUGCAAAGUGAAAACAAAUACAUAGUGACAACAUCAGUGUGUGCCAGCAGCUCACCAAAUCCCAGGCCUGUUUGAAACAAAUGAGUUAUUUUGCUGGAUUGGUGCAGAAUUUAUAGAUAUGCAAGAUUACACUCUGCCUGUUCUUUAGCACUUGUCCCCACCCCAGUGUUUGGGGAACCAAUGGAUAAUUCCUCAUAGGCAAUGAACAACACUGCCAUCUCAAAUAGCUAAAUGCUUCUAAACAUCACAUAUUUUAAAGUUGCAAAUGUAUUUGUGGUUAAUAUUAAUGAAAUGCAUUUCCCUUUGCAGAGUUUUCCUUCUGAUGAGGGCUGGCCAUUUGCAAAAUAUUUAGGAGCAUGUGGAAGAAUGGUGGCUGUAAACUAUGUGGGAGAAGAACUCUGGAGCUACUUCAGCGCUUCAUGGGAAAAACGUGUGGACCUGGCAUGGCAGUUAAUGGAAAUAGCUGAGCAGCUGACAAAUAAUGACUUUGAAUUUGCACUCUACCUCCUUGAUGUCAGCUUUGACAACUUCGCAGUAGGCCCUAGAGAUGGGAAGGUCAUCAUUGUGGAUGCUGAAAAUGUUUUGGUGGCAGAUAAAAGGUUAAUCAAGCAAAGUAAGUUGGUUUCUUUUUCACCCCCAAGACUGUUGGUUCUUGUUUUGCAUAUGAAUAGUUUAAGAUGUAGGUUUUUAAAAAUGCUUUAUAAUUUAUCAGUUCAGUUAAUGCAGCAGUUAAUUAUUAAAUAACAAUUGUAGCAGCUCAUAUUUGAACAUGCUGAAACAAACAAAUCCAUUACUACAUGGGCACACUGAACAAACCUGAACUUGAGUUUUGUUUCAUUCUGUACAAGACAAAAAGCAAGAGAACAGUUACUCCCUUCUGACAAGUUUAUUUAAUAUAUUUUUAAUCCCUGUAGCCGGUGGUCACUUUCACAAUAUUGCUCUUACUUUUUCUUCAUAGUAAUAUGCAUGUACCUAGGCAAUCUUAGAAAUCACACUUUGUGGAUUCUCUGAAACAUACAAUGCUUUGAACAAUCCCUAUGAGAAGGUUUGCCUCAAGGUUCUUUGUAGUUUCCCCCCUUAAACAGCCAAUAUUUCAUGAGCAAGCUUUAUUUCAUGUUAGUGGUAAAUAGUACACUAUUUCUGUAAAUUGCCUUCAGACAGACUAUUAGGAUUUAAAAGAACUUGGGGUAGAUUUUCAUCUUCAGGCUUUAGAAUCAUGAAAUUCUUUGUUUUCUGGGCUUCUUACUGUUUGUUCUUUUCAUGCAUUUCACAGAUAAACCUGAAAACUGGGAUGUUUGGUAUGAAAGCAAGUUCGAUGACUGUGAUAAGGAAGCUUGUCUUUCUUUCUCAAAGGAGAUUUUGUGCACUCGUGUCACUGUGGACCACAACUACUAUGCUAUUUGCCAGAACCUUUUAUCAAGACAUGCCACCUGGCGUGGCACUUCUGGAGGUCUUCUUCAUGAUCCUCCAGCUGAAAUUGCCAAAGAUGGUCGACUUGAGGCCUUGCUGGAUGAGUGUGCCAAUCCAAAGAAGCGAUAUGGUAGAUUCCUAGCUGCAAAAGAAUUACGCGAAUACCUUGGACGACUAAGUAAUAAUGUGAGGUAGUUCAUAGUGGCCAGAAACUUUGAUCCUGGGGAAAAGGCACAUGGAAAAAAAUAAGUUAUGGACAUCAAAGAAAAAACUUGUUACUGGUAUAUGGGGAAUGCUCUGUAUAAACAGGCAAGGUUACAUAUCCCACUGCAACCUGAGCUACUUUUGACUGGGUCAGAUGACAAGAUUGACAACUUAAGUGACUCUCAUCCAUAGGACUUCACAUAAAUCUGAGAUAGUUCCACAAUUUUGUGAAACUGAUGACAUAACUUGGAAAGUCAAGUUAUAUUUGCCUGUUUUAAAGGCUUUUAUUUCUGAUGUCAUUGUCUCUCUCUUUCUCUCUGCCCCUCCCAUGCAUACAACUUACUAAACUGGUAUUUGCAUACAUACUGAUAAGUCCUAGGUCUCUCUCAUAGUUCUAAAACUAGUAGGUCUUUGUUUGAAUACUGUGCACUAUUUGAGUACAGGAUUCCUCUGCUUAUUCUAAUGCUGAGUUCUUUCCACUGUUUCUUACUGUUUGUAUGCCUUAUUAAGGAUAUGCUUAUAAAAGCAGUCUUAAAUAUUGCGUGGACAUAACCAUUACAUUUGAAUUCUUUGUAAUUCUACUGCGGGUAAUGUUUCACAAGAUGGCUAACUGUAAAAUUCCAUCUUUAUUCCAUUAGGUGAAAAUAAUUAUUCAGCAGGGAAUCAUGAUCUGAGAACUAAUGAAGAUAGUUGGAAGUUUGGAGUAAAGCAGUACAACUAGUUAAAAUGAAGACAAAAUACCAUUUUGCUAGUAUAGUAAAUCAUAAGCCAAAGAAAAUGGUUGUGCGUCUCUAGUCACCUAAAUCUGUACUGUAGUGACACUAAUCCAUUGACUUAGAUUUCAGUGGGUUUGUAGAUCAUUCUUUAGGAGAAACUUUGCUACUAGUUAAAAGCUUAGGAAACUCCACAUGUGAAUGAGAAAAUGCCUAGCAGGCUAGCAUUUGUUCUGCAUUAUUCACAGUUCUGCUGAAUUUGCAAUGUGAUGAUGUUUACGGAACUUUCAACCAUAGGGUUGGCUAUUUAAUAGUACUCAUGUUUACUGUAGAGGCCUUGCAUUGCAUUAAGUCUUUCAGUUCAGUCUUGUAAUGGUUACCGUACACCUGAAAUUGCUCCCACAGAUCGGAACCUGAAUGAGAAAUUGGAUCACUGCUAAAAUUAACCCCCCCCGCCUCUUUUAAAGCUUGUUUUCCCUUUCUUUGCACAUGGUAGCAAUUGCAGAGGUUCUCAUGAUUGGAGUGAUGAAAUUCAAAAGCUUCUGGUUAUAGGAAGUGACUGACUAGCUACAGUUUUUGUUUUAUAUUUGCUAAGCAGAUUUAUAUACCGCUUUAACAAAAGAUUACUGAAGCGGUGUACAAUACAAAAAUUCAAUAUACACUAAAAACUACAAACAACAAAGUAUAAAAAUAAAUCACAUUGCUCAAUGGUAUGUACAGAUGGGGGGCACAGUUCAGAAAAAGCAUGUGGACAAAAAAGUCUUAAGCAAGUGUCUAAAAUUGACAGGCAGUUCCAUAGUGGAAGUGCUUCAACACUGAACUCUCUGCUUCUGGUGUUCUUCGAGCAGACCUCAGGAGCAAGAGGCACCAUUGAGUGCUUUUCUUUAUGACUGCAUUGACUGGGGUGGAAUAAGAGGGGUUUCCACAUUCUGAGAACUAUCAGUUUGGUGUUGAGAAAUUCAUCUGGACAGAUGGAGCAAAGCAGUAGAAAAGGGAUGACAAAACCAUUCUGUUUCAAAACUGUGAAAGCAUGCUGAUUACCCCAGAAAGUUUGAAAUGAUUUUUUCAAAUGUCAUUUUUAUUUGGUCCGCGUAGUCCUAACAUACAGCUGCUCAUUUUCAUAUUGUGUUUCUACAGUGUAAAUUUAUUCCAGUUUGUUCUUGGGCUGUUCCCUGCUGGAAUAAUUCUUCUUGCUGUGGGAUGCCCUUUUACCUUUGAUAUUAUGGCACAACCCCAUAGCACAUUAGGCAUGUUCAAGUCCGACGGAAAUGAUUUCAAUUUAAUUGUGUUUAUAUCCCAUUUAAUUCAGAAAGCAUAAUUUUGGCUGGUUUUUUCCUUGGAUUCUUUUGCCUGUAGUCACAUAGCAUUUAUGUUGGCUUUAUUUUGAUUCAAUUUGCAAGCAAAACCUAAAUGUGAGACUAAACACUAGCCUGCCAUGAAAAGCCUUUUAAUCUCAAUAUUAAUUUAAUACCCACAAUUUCUGAUGAAUGAGAUGGAUGAUUGCUGUAGGCUUUAAACAACACACACACAAAAACAAACCACUGCCAGCUAUUGAGGCAGUUUGACUGCCAAAUGUUCCUUGUGAGGUUGGGGUUGGAGUCCAUGUUCCCCCUUGGAAAAUGUGCUCAUGAAGCAGGAUUCCAAUGACAAAAGGAGUCCACAAUUCUCAGUCUACAGGGAAAACACCUAUGUGGAAAGCAAUAAGUUUCCUUCAAUUUGCACCUAUCAAGUAUUUAUUGUACAAGGACAAUUUAUAUUUUUAGUCAUUACCCACGAAUAAUGGUGAAAUAUUUUUUGAAUGAGAUGUUUGGGGUUUGUAUGUGCAUAAAAAUUGUCUUUUGUACUGUAAGUUACUGUUUAAUUUGAUUAUCAAAACUGUCUCCUGUGCCUUUAUACUAAGGUUGUUUUUACAACUUCUCUUGACUAUUAAUAAAAAAGUACUUUAAGAAAAUUUUCUUGACCAUGUUUAAAUGAACACACUUUUUGAUACCGCAGCUCUAUCUGCAGCUAUUGGCCCCUGAUGGCUAAAUGAAGCCCCUAUAUUCUGAGGCAGUAUGUCACUGAUUACUACUAGUUUUGGGGGUGUAAGGGCUGCUGCCUGUUUGAUCCUUUUGGGGGUUGAUGAACACAUGAGCUGAGUUUGCUGGAUGGCCCAUUUAAUCCAACAAGUUGUUCAGUGGCC